AUGUUAAGCACAUUACUACAAAGUUUGUUGAAGGAGGGAUUCGAUGUGAAGGCGUUGAGAGCCUUCAGGGUAUUGCGACCUCUACGACUCGUUUCUAGGGUCCCAAGUUUGCAAGUUGUGCUAAACUCUAUCCUUCGUGCCAUGGUGCCUUUGUUACAUAUUGCUCUUCUAGUUAUCUUUGUCAUUAUUAUUUACGCGAUUAUUGGUUUGGAGAUGUUCUCGGGUACACUGCACAAAUCAUGCUACAAUAAGACUACAGAUCCUGGAUCUGCAGGCUUCCAGUGCUCUGUCUACGGCAGUGGUAUGAUCUGUCAUGAAGGCUGGGAAGGACCAAACCAUGGCAUCACAAAUUUUGAUAACUUUGGUCUCGCCAUGUUAAUUGUUUUCCAAUACUGGAUAACACAAGCGGAAGACAUAGAACCAGAGGGAGAGGACCAAGGCAACAAUCAGGAUGGAAGAAACAAAAACGACCGUGAAACGGAAUUUGCUGAUAGGUUAGAAGGAGACGAGGCAGAAAUCCAGGAAUCGUGGUUCAGAAGAAAGAAAAAAGAUUUUGAUAUGGUCAACAGGAGGAUGCGGUGUGCUUGCAGAAAGGCAGUCAAAUCUCAAGCAUUUUACUGGCUCAUCAUCAUUUUAGUUUUUCUCAACACAGGAGUACUUACAACUGAACAUUACGGACAACCAAAUUGGUUAGAUGAUUUUCAAGAGGCCACAAAUAUGUUCUUCAUAGCUCUCUUCACUCUUGAGAUGCUUUUAAAAAUGUACACUUUAGGUUUUCAGGGAUAUUUUGUUUCAUUAUUCAAUCGUUUUGAUUGUUUUGUUGUUAUUGGAAGCAUAUCAGAAAUGAUUUUAACAAGAACACACUGGAUGCCACCAUUAGGUGUUUCUGUUUUGCGUUGUGUCACAUUGCUCAGGGGUUUUAAAGUUACCAAAUACUGGCGAUCUUUAUCAAACUUGGUCGCAUCAUUGCUGAACUCAAUACAAUCUAUUGCAUCCCUGCUGCUCUUGAUCUUUCUGUUUAUUGUCAUCUUUGCUUUACUUGGAAUGCAAGUAUUUGGUGGGAAGUUCAACUUUGAGAAAGCAGUGGAAGACAAACCUCGGCAAAACUUUGAUAGCUUCUGGCAGAGUCUGCUCACAGUGUUUCAGAUACUUACAGACAACUUGGCUGAUGCAGAGUCCCUUACUGCAAUCGAAAAAGAAGCUGAUGAAGAGGCAGGAAAGCAAGCAGGAAUGGAUAAAAUUAAAAUGGGAGAAGGUGGAGAAAAUACUUCUCAACUAGAAGGUGAAGAGCACAUGGAUGAUGAUCAAAGAGAUUAUGACGGGAAUAUUGAUGAGGAAAAUGAAGAAAUGUCUGUCAAGGAUGAAGACACAAGAAGUCACACUAAAGUCUGUUUGGAGGUGGGAGGUAGUGAGCACUAUUACGAGGAACAAAAUGAUAAUCAAGUGGUAACAGGCGAACCCGGUGAGUCAAAAAAUGGAGAGGACAACCAGAGGAAAAGGUCUGCUUUGCCAAGGCGUGUUUCGGACACCAGCAAUGAGUGCCACCAACAAUAA